AUGGCCUCUCCAUCCCUCAAAUAUACUUCCAAACUUGUCGGCCAGCGUGUUCUGGUUUUUGGAGGCACCUCCGGCAUUGGAUUCAGUGUCGCCGAAGCAGCCUUUGAGCACGGCGCCCACCUCGUCAUUUCCAGCUCCAAUCAAAGCAAGCUCGACAAAACAAUUUCUAGGCUAAAAGCGGCCUAUCCCGCCCAAAGUGAAAAACAAACCAUCACUACUCGUGUGUGCGACCUGGCCGAUGCCGCAAAUCUCGAUGCCAACAUCCAGUCUCUUUUCGAAACAGCCACCAACGGCGGCACCGUUAAGCUGAACCAUGUUGCUUUUACCGCAGGCGACAUGCUUAGUCGACCUUCUCUGGAAGACCUGACCCCCGAUGUCAUCUAUAGCGGCAUGAAUGUCCGUUUCGUCGCCCCGGCCGUGAUGGCCAAAUAUAUCCACAAAUACGUGGAGCUCUCCCCGGCUAGCUCUUUCACUAUCACUAGUGGUGUUCGCAGUAAAAAGCCUGCGCCGGGCUGGACUAUGGCUACUGCUAUUGGCUCUGCUGCUGAAGGUCUUGCUCGUGGUCUGGCUAUGGAUCUUAAGCCUAUCCGGGUGAACGCUGUGUCUCCUGGUGCGGUGCACACGGAACUUUUCUCUCUGUUCCCCAAUCUCGAUGCUGCUCUGGAAAAUUUUCGACAGGCAUCGACCACCGGAACAGUUGGUAAACCGGAAGAUCUGGCGGAGAGCUAUAUCUAUUUGAUGAAAGACCAGUUCGUGACUGGUACCGUGAUCGAGUCCAAUGGCGGUUGUCUACUCGUUUGA